CGCUAUUCCUAUCUGGGUAAUCACUUGUACUGCGCUCUUAACCUCUUCAACGUCAUUGAUCACCAUCCCAUCCUUAUCAUCACCAGGAACCAUUGUCUUGGCUUUGUUGACAGCUGUCUUGUCCUCAGACGUUACAUUCAACUCCAUCUCCCACCUGUGAUUGAUUUCCCUGGGCGUAAGAAAGCAAAAGCAAAAUGUCCGACGACAUCCCCUCUGCCACCAAUGAGCCGCAGCCACAACCCCCCAAGAGCAAAGAGGACCAGAAGGCGGCUGCUGCCCUUGAGUCCCUAAAUACAGUCACAACUGAUAUGAGUGGGGACCAGCCGGGUGCAGUAGCUUCGUCGUCUUCCACCGAUCGGGAGGUGUUAGGGGAGGCGAUGAGUCGCUUGGAGAUCUCCGGCGGCCAGGACGGGAAGAAGGCGACAGUUAAAGUCGCUGCGGAGGAUGUCGGGCUUUUGGUGGAUCAGCUGGAUCUCAAUAAGAUCAAAGCGACGGAGCUCUUGAAGGCGAACGAGGGCGAUGUCCAAAAAGCCAUCAAGGCAUUUAUAUCGCCUGCUGUUGGUGCUUGAUUGAUACUUCCCCGUUCCUUCACGAUGAUUGAGGUGGGAUUGAGUCGAUAAGUUGAUGGCCUUUUCAGAUUUAAUUUGUUUUGAUUUGGUGUUUCCUAUACAUUCAGUAUAGCAUUUCUAUUUUCAAUGUUCGCAG